UUUUCACAGUACUAUAGAAUAGAAGAGAACAUAUCAUAUCACACACUGUAAAAGCAGCUCAGUAGCAUUAUUGAGAAUGAACUCACUCAACCUCAAACAUCUUCAACCUCUCUACUUUCCCUCGAAACCCAUCAUCUCUCUUCUCUUCCAACCGUCAAUUUCACCCUUCUCUUCUUCUUCUUCUACUGAACCAUCAAAUCCCACCACCACCACCGCCGCCACCAAUGCAAGUCUAACCCAAGAACAGUUCACAAAAAUCAACCUCCUCCUCCCACGUCUCUGCCUCUCAAACCACCUCUCCACCGCAAUCCACCUCACCACCACAGCUCUCCUCACGGACCCACCUCCCAAAUCUCUCUCCUUUUCCAUUCUCAUUCACUCUCUCAUUUCCCAACCAGACAUGGCUCUCUCCAUGUCCCUCCUCACUUUCCUCAAACACAACCCGAAAAUAUCACAAACCCAUCUCAGUGACCUCACAACAAUGCUCAUUGCCUCUUAUUUCAAGCACCACAAGGCUAGAGAGGCCUUCAAAGUGUUCAACUGGAUGGUGAGGCCAGGGUCUCCCUGUGCGUUGGAUUUGAAGGUUUGUGGGAUUCUUGUUAAUGGGUUUUGCAGGAAAGGUAUGGUUUUUGAGGCCUUGAAGGUUUUGAGGGAGAUGGUGGGUGUGAAUUUGGUGCCAGGAAGAGAUUUGGGGAAGUGGGUUUAUAGGGGUUUGUUGAGAGAGGCAAGGAUUAGGGAAGCAAUGGAGUUGAAUGAGGCUUUGGGUUUGGUUUGGGAUGUUAGUGGUGAUGAGGCUAUGAAGAAAGUUUUGGGAUUGUUAGAUCACAUAAUUGGCAAUUGGACAGAGUAGAGCUGAGCAGGUAAAUGCUGAUGGUUGAAUGUUCUUUUGCAUUUGUGUUUUGCCAAUUGUAAGAGAGUGAAGAGAAAACAACUUGAACUUUGCUUAACAAUCAUCAUGAGUACUAAAUGGAUAAUUAGUUAGAUUUGUUAUCUGGUCUUUGCUAGGAGCAUGCUUGUCCUUCCUGCCAUGGCAUUUUAUUCCUUGUGGUAGAAACCAGAUUCCACUACUCACUCUACAAACCAUGGAUCAGAAGGCAUGUAAGCACUGUUUGAGACAAAGAAGAUAAACACCUUUUCUCUUUAACUAUAGUAGAGAGAUAAAAGAAUGAACCUUCAUUACACUCAUUAAAGUUUGUUCAGUAAAGAUAUCAUUCAUUAAAGCUUGUUCAAUAAUGCAUUAUUCACUAAAAAUGGAGUCAUUCACUUGAAGAUUGAGAUUAUAUACAUUUAACUGUUUAAGAAAUUCACACUUAACAUUACCAAUGACAAAAACAUUACAACAAAGUCAACAUUAGCAGCAACUUAAACAGGAAGAACAACAUCCUACCUCAAUAUGGAAACUUCUAUAUAUCUGUGUCCUGUAUGAUUGAUUGGGAAACAUGAAUCCUGCAUGAUCCGGCAUUAUAAAUCCUUGAGUAAUCCACAUUCGUAUAUAGAGCCUAACGAUUAAAAUAGUGUGAUAUGAGCAAAAGAGAAUGUAAUAGAUUUGGCCAACAGUAAAAGGGUACUACAAAGAAAUUCAAAAUAUUAGGUUGCAUAGCACAAAAAGGGGCAAAUGCAGUCUUAGUUAUUGUCAGCAGGUUAGUACUUAAGUGCUCAGAUGUACAGCCUAUUACAAUGCAACUUAAGUGUGGAAGGAAUGCAUUAGUAAAAUAUUAUCACAUUUUCACACUGAACUUACAAACCAUUAUUAUAAAGUCUUAGUUUCAAGGUCCUCAAAACUGUUACAUGUGAGAAUAGUUGAAGGAAAAGAAUAAAAUAAUUCAAAGAAGUGGAAGCAAAAAAGAGAGAAGAACACAAGAGGACCUUAAGGUUCGGUCUACGGCCUACGUCCACGGGAUAA